AUGUCCUGCGAGCCAACACCAUCAGUGCACGUCAGCCAACUAUUCUCUCUCAAGGGAAAAGUCGCUCUCAUCAGCGGCGGCACACGCGGAAUCGGCGAAGCAUGCGCAAUCGCUCUGGGGGAAGCAGGCGCCUCAGUCUGUCUCAUACAACGUAAUACGAGCAACACGAGUACGAGGGACGCACUCCGCCUGCUCGGCGUAAAAGCAGAGAUCGUCCCCUGCGACCUGGCAAACCUAGACGAGGUCAGGACGGUGUUUGACCGUGCGUUGGAGAUGAUGGGAGGGGAGAUUCAUGUGCUUGUCAACUGCGGUGGGAUACAGAGGAGACAUCCGGCUGUUGACUUCCCCGAGAAGGAAUGGGAUGAGGUAAUCGACGUGAACCUCAAGUCCGUCUGGCUCCUCUGUCAAGCAGCAGGGAAACACAUGGUGCCCCUCCGCCGGGGAAAGAUAAUCAACUUCGCCUCUCUCCUCACCUUCCAGGGCGGGCUAACAGUGCCUGCGUACGCUGCUGCCAAGGGCGCAGUGGGACAGCUUACCAAGGCGCUGAGCAACGAAUGGAGCAAGGAGAACGUGCAGGUUAACGCUAUUGCCCCGGGGUACAUCGCUACAGAUAUGAACGAGCGACUCCUGGCUGACCCUACGCGGUUGCGCCAGAUCUCGGAGCGCAUCCCUGCAGGCCGCUGGGGUGCCCCGGCAGACUUUGCAGGCCCGACAGUGUUCCUCGCGAGCGAAGCGAGCCAGUACGUCUCCGGGGAGGUGCUUGUCGUCGAUGGGGGCUGGAUGGGCCGUUAGUGGGCUCCGUAUGCUCGGAGUUCGGGGAAAGAUGUGUACGUUUGCCAGAAGACGGCCGGGAAGAUGUGUGUAGCCUAAACGAAUAAAGCCUGUUUCCCAUCUCGGCGCCGUCUGUCAUCUGUCCUCUUCUGGGCCUACCCGAGUGGGUACAAUACUCCAGCGCGUGGGACAUGAGCUUCGGUUCGCAAGUUUGGCGAGGUCGGUAGUACCCCGCGGCGUGUCAUCCGGUGGAAGAUUAUGCAUACCACGCGUGGGACGAUUCUGCCUUGCACAAUCCUGGAAGACCAAUGCAGCUGACUGAUGCGUGGGAACGUCGUUCGGUUCUUAUGGUUGUG